AUAGCCGAGAGUCAGAGGAGCACAUCCCUCCAGUCCCUCCCGAGUCCCCGAGCUGCCAGAGGAGUCUGGAUCGUGUCCCCAGUGUCACAUGCAAGGACGCUGAGGUUCGCGGUUGCUACCCCGGGUCCCCUCCGCUUAGUCCGGGAACCUUGGCGCCUCUCUGCGCGCUCGGGGACUGUCGCCUUGCACUCCCCGGGGCCACCGCUCGGUCCCCAGCGGGAUGUGGUCGCGCCUGGCCUUUUGUUGCUGGGCUCUGGCACUGGUGUCAGGCUGGACCAACUUCCAGCCCGUGGCCCCUUCGCUCAACUUCAGCUUCCGCCUGUUCCCCGAGGCCUCUCCGGGGGCUCUGGGCAGACUGGCGGUACCUCCCGCGUCCAGUGAGGAGGAGGCAGCAGGGAGCAAAGUGGAGCGCCUGGGCCGCGCGUUCCGGAGCCGCGUGCGGCGACUGCGGGAGCUCAGCGGCAGCCUGGAGCUCGUCUUCCUGGUGGACGAGUCGUCCAGCGUGGGCCAAACCAACUUCCUCAACGAGCUCAAGUUCGUGCGCAAGCUGCUGUCCGACUUCCCCGUGGUGUCCACGGCCACGCGUGUGGCCAUCGUCACCUUCUCAUCCAAGAACAACGUGGUGGCGCGCGUGGAUUACAUCUCCACCAGCCGCGCGCACCAACACAAGUGCGCGCUACUCAGCCGCGAGAUCCCGGCCAUCACCUACCGCGGUGGUGGCACCUAUACCAAGGGCGCCUUCCAGCAAGCCGCGCAAAUCCUUCGUCACUCUAGAGAAAACUCCACCAAAGUCAUAUUUCUCAUCACCGACGGCUAUUCCAAUGGCGGAGACCCCAGACCUAUUGCAGCAUCGCUUCGGGAUUUCGGAGUGGAGAUCUUCACGUUCGGGAUUUGGCAGGGGAAUAUCCGGGAACUGAAUGACAUGGCUUCCACCCCGAAGGAAGAACAUUGUUACCUGCUCCACAGUUUUGAAGAAUUUGAGGCUUUAGCUCGCAGGGCGUUGCAUGAAGAUCUACCUUCUGGGAGUUUUAUCCAAGAGGAUAUGGCCCGCUGCUCUUAUCUCUGUGAGGCUGGGAAAGACUGCUGUGACAGAAUGGCCAGCUGCAAAUGUGGGACACACACGGGUCAAUUUGAAUGCAUCUGUGAGAAGGGCUAUUACGGGAAAGGUCUGCAGCAUGAGUGCACAGCUUGCCCAUCAGGGACAUAUAAGCCGGAAGCUUCUCCAGGAGGAAUCAGCACCUGCAUCCCAUGUCCUGACGUAAGCCACACCUCCCCACCUGGAAGCACUUCCCCUGAAGACUGCGUGUGCCGAGAGGGAUACCAGAGAUCUGGCCAGACCUGUGAGGUUGUCCACUGUCCUGCCCUGAAGCCUCCUGAAAAUGGUUUUUUUAUACAAAACACUUGCAAAAACCACUUCAAUGCCGCCUGUGGGGUCCGAUGUCGCCCGGGCUUUGACCUUGUGGGAAGCAGCAUCCAUUUGUGUCAACCCAAUGGUUUGUGGUCUGGGACAGAAAGCUUCUGCAGAGUGAGAACGUGCCCCCACCUCCGACAGCCCAAACACGGCCACAUCAGCUGCUCCACUGCGGAAAUGUCCUACAACACCCUGUGUUUGGUUACCUGCAAUGAAGGAUACAGAUUAGAAGGCAGCACUAGGCUUACCUGUCAAGGAAAUGCCCAGUGGGAUGGCCCAGAGCCCCGGUGUGUAGAACGCCAUUGUGCCACCUUCCAGAAGCCCAAAGGCGUCAUCAUUUCUCCACCCAGCUGCGGCAAGCAGCCUGCCAGGCCUGGGAUGACCUGUCAGCUAAGCUGCCGCCAGGGAUACAUUUUAUCCGGGGUCAGAGAAGUGAGAUGUGCCACAUCUGGGAAGUGGAGUGCCAAAGUUCAGACAGCUGUGUGCAAAGAUGUGGAGGCUCCACAAAUCAGCUGUCCAAAUGACAUUGAGGCAAAGACUGGGGAGCAGCAGGACUCUGCUAAUGUCACCUGGCAAGUCCCAACAGCUAAAGACAACUCUGGUGAAAAGGUGUCAGUCCACGUCCACCCAGCCUUUACCCCACCUUACCUCUUCCCAAUUGGAGACGUGGCCAUCACCUACACGGCAACCGACUCAUCCGGUAACCAAGCCAGCUGCACUUUCUACAUUAAGGUCAUUGAUGUGGAACCGCCUGUCAUAGAUUGGUGCCGAUCUCCACCUCCAAUCCAGGUCGUAGAGAAGGAGCACCCUGCAAGCUGGGAUGAGCCUCAGUUCUCAGACAACUCCGGGGCUGAAUUGGUCAUUACCAGCAGUCACACACAAGGCGACAUGUUUCCUCAUGGGGAAACGGUGGUGUGGUACACAGCCACUGACCCCUCAGGCAACAACAGGACCUGUGACAUCCACAUUGUCAUAAAAGGUUCUCCCUGUGAGGUCCCCUUCACCCCUGUAAACGGGGACUUUAUCUGUGCCCAGGAUAGUGCUGGAGUUAACUGUAGCCUGAGCUGCAAGGAGGGCUAUGAUUUCACAGAAGGGUCAACUGAGAAGUACUACUGUGCUUUUGAAGAUGGUAUCUGGAGACCACCAUACUCUACAGAAUGGCCAGACUGUGCUAUAAAACGUUUUGCAAACCAUGGUUUCAAGUCCUUUGAAAUGCUAUACAAAACCACUCGCUGUGAUGACAUGGAUCUGUUUAAGAAGUUUUCUGCAGCAUUUGAGACUACCCUGGGGAACAUGGUCCCGUCCUUUUGUAACGAUGCUGAUGACAUUGACUGCAGACUGGAGGACCUGACCAAAAAAUACUGCAUCGAGUAUAAUUACAACUAUGAAAAUGGCUUUGCAAUUGGACCAGGAGGCUGGGGUGCAGGCAACAGGCUGGAUUAUUCCUACGAUCACUUCCUGGAUGUUGUACAGGAAACACCCACCGAUGUGGGCAAGGCCAGAUCGUCACGGAUUAAAAGAACUGUCCCAUUGUCUGACCCCAAAAUUCAGCUAAUUUUUAACAUCACAGCUAGCGUGCCACUCCCAGAGGAAAGAAACGAUACCCUUGAAUUGGAGAAUCAGCAGCGACUCAUUAAGACAUUGGAAACAAUCACCAAUCGCCUGAAAAGCACCUUGAAUAAAGAGCCCAUGUAUUCUUUCCAGCUCGCCUCGGAAACAGUGGUGGCUGACAGCAAUUCCCUCGAAACAGAAAAGGCUUUUCUCUUCUGCAGACCAGGCUCUGUGCUGAGGGGGCGCAUGUGUGUCAACUGCCCCCUGGGAACCUCUUACUCUCUGGAGCAUUCCACCUGUGAAAGCUGCCUCAUGGGAUCCUACCAAGAUGAAGAAGGGCAGCUGGAAUGCAAGCUCUGUCCCCCAAGGACUCACACGGAAUACCUCCAUUCAAGAAGCGUCUCUGAAUGCAAAGCUCAGUGUAAGCAAGGCACCUACUCUUCCAGUGGGCUGGAGACCUGCGAAUCGUGUCCGCUGGGUACUUAUCAACCGGAAUUUGGAUCCCGGAGCUGCCUCCUAUGCCCAGAAACCACCACAACGGUGAAAAGAGGAGCCGUGGACAUCUCUGCUUGUGGAGUGCCCUGCCCAGUAGGAGAAUUCUCCCGUUCUGGGCUAACACCCUGCUACCCUUGCCCUCGAGACUAUUACCAACCCAAUGCAGGGAAGUCCUUCUGCCUCGCUUGUCCCUUUUAUGGAACUACAACCAUCACUGGCGCCACGUCCAUCACAGACUGCUCAAGUUUUAGCUCUACUUUCUCAGCAGCAGAAGAAAGCAUAGUGCCCCUCGUGGCCCCUGGACAUUCCCAGAACAAGUACGAAGUCAGCAGUCAGGUCUUUCACGAAUGCUUCUUAAACCCCUGCCACAACAGUGGAACCUGCCAACAGCUUGGGCGUGGUUAUGUCUGUCUCUGCCCACCUGGAUACACAGGCUUAAAGUGUGAAACAGAUAUUGAUGAAUGCAGCUCUCUGCCUUGCCUCAAUGGUGGAAUUUGUAGAGACCAAGUUGGGGGAUUCACGUGCGAAUGUUCAUUGGGCUAUUCAGGUCAAAUAUGUGAAGAAAAUAUAAAUGAGUGUAUCUCCAGCCCUUGCUUAAAUAAAGGAACCUGCACUGACGGCUUGGCAAGCUACCGCUGUACCUGUGUGAAAGGAUACAUGGGUGUGCACUGUGAAACAGACGUCAAUGAAUGCCAGUCAAGCCCCUGCUUAAACAACGCAGUUUGUAAAGACCAAGUUGGGGGGUUCUCAUGCAAAUGCCCACCCGGAUUUUUGGGUACUCGGUGUGAAAAAAAUGUGGAUGAGUGUCUCAGUCAGCCAUGCCAAAAUGGAGCCACUUGUAAGGAUGGUGCCAACAGCUUCAGGUGUCAAUGUCCAGCAGGCUUCACAGGGACACACUGUGAACUGAACAUCAACGAGUGUCAGUCCAACCCAUGUAGGAACCAGGCCACCUGUGUGGAUGAACUAAACUCAUACAGUUGUAAAUGUCAGCCAGGAUUUUCAGGCCACAGGUGUGAGACAGAACAGCCUUCCGGUUUUAACCUGGAUUUUGAAGUUUCUGGCAUCUACGGGUACGUCCUGCUAGAUGGAGUGCUGCCAACCCUCCAUGCCAUAACCUGCGCAUUCUGGAUGAAAUCCUCUGAUGUCAUCAACUACGGGACGCCCAUCUCCUAUGCACUUGAGGAUGACAAAGACAACACCUUCCUCCUGACUGAUUACAACGGCUGGGUUCUUUAUGUGAAUGGAAAGGAAAAGAUCACCAACUGCCCCUCCGUAAAUGAUGGCAUUUGGCAUCAUAUUGCAAUCACAUGGACAAGUACUGGUGGAGCCUGGAGGGUCUAUAUAGAUGGGGAAUUAUCUGACGGUGGUACUGGCCUCUCCAUUGGCAAAGCCAUACCUGGUGGCGGUGCAUUAGUUCUUGGGCAAGAGCAAGACAAAAAAGGAGAGGGGUUCAACCCGGCUGAGUCUUUUGUGGGCUCCAUAAGCCAGCUCAACCUCUGGGACUAUGUCCUGUCUCCACAGCAGGUGAAGUUGCUGGCCAGCUCCUGCCCAGAGGAACUGAGUCGGGGAAACGUGUUAGCAUGGCCCGAUUUCCUGUCGGGAAUCACGGGGAAGGUGAAGGUUGAUUCCAGCAGCAUGUUCUGCUCUGAUUGUCCGUCUUUAGAAGGAUCCGUGCCUCACCUGAGACCUGCAUCAGGAAAUCGAAAGCCAGGCUCCAAAGUCAGUCUGUUCUGUGAUCCGGGCUUCCAGAUGGUUGGGAAUCCUGUGCAGUAUUGUCUGAACCAAGGGCAGUGGACACAACCACUCCCCCACUGUGAACGCAUUCGCUGUGGGCUGCCUCCCGCCUUGGAGAAUGGCUUCUACUCAGCCGAGGACUUCCAUGCGGGCAGCACGGUGACCUAUCAGUGCACCAGUGGCUACUACCUGCUGGGUGAUUCCCGAAUGUUCUGCACAGACAACGGGAGCUGGAACGGCAUUUCACCAUCCUGUCUCGAUGUCGAUGAGUGUGCAGUCGGCUCGGACUGUAGUGAGCACGCCUCCUGCCUGAACACCAACGGAUCCUACGUAUGUUCCUGUAACCCACCAUACACGGGAGAUGGGAAAAACUGUGCAGAACCUGUAAAAUGUAAGGCUCCAGAAAAUCCAGAAAAUGGCCACUCUUCUGGUGAGAUUUACACCGUGGGUACUGCAGUCACAUUUUCCUGUGACGAAGGGCACGAGCUGGUGGGAGUGAGCACCAUCACGUGUUUGGAGACUGGCGAGUGGGAUCGCCUCAGGCCGUCCUGUGAAGCCAUUUCCUGUGGUGUCCCACCUGUUCCUGAAAAUGGUGGUGUUGACGGGUCGGCAUUCACAUACGGCAGUAAGGUGGUGUACAGGUGUGAUAAAGGAUAUACUUUGUCUGGGGAUGAAGAGUCAGCAUGCCUUGCUAGUGGUUCCUGGAGUCAUUCCUCUCCUGUGUGCGAGCUAGUGAAGUGUUCCCAGCCUGAGGACAUAAAUAACGGCAAAUACAUCUUAAGUGGGCUCACCUACCUUUCUAUUGCAUCGUACUCCUGUGAGAACGGAUACAGUUUACAGGGCCCAUCCCUCCUUGAAUGCACAGCUUCCGGCAGCUGGGACAGAGCGCCACCUAGCUGUCAACUUGUCUCCUGCGGAGAGCCUCCAAUCGUCAAAGAUGCUGUCAUCACUGGGAGCAACUUCACUUUUGGGAACACAGUUGCUUACACAUGCAAAGAGGGCUACACCCUUGCUGGGCCUGACACCAUCGUAUGCCAGGCCAACGGCAAAUGGAAUUCAAGUAACCACCAGUGCCUGGCUGUCUCCUGUGACGAGCCCCCCAAUGUGGACCACGCCUCUCCAGAGACUGCUCACAGGCUCUUUGGAGACACCGCGUUUUACUACUGUGCGGAUGGUUACAGCCUGGCUGAUAAUUCCCAGCUCAUCUGCAAUGCCCAGGGGAACUGGGUUCCCCCCGCGGGCCAGGCUGUGCCGCGCUGCAUAGCUCACUUCUGUGAAAAACCCCCAUCUGUUUCCUACAGCAUCUUGGAAUCUGUGAGCAAAGCAAAGUUUGCAGCUGGCUCGGUAGUGAGCUUCAAGUGCAUGGAGGGUUUUGUGCUGAACACCUCAGCGAAGAUUGAAUGCCUGAGAGGUGGAGAGUGGAGCCCUUCUCCCCUCUCGGUCCAGUGCAUCCCGGUGCGAUGCGGAGAGCCUCCAAGCAUCGCAAAUGGCUACCCGAGUGGGACAAACUACAGUUUUGGGGCCGUGGUGGCCUACAGCUGCCACAAGGGAUUCUAUAUCAAGGGGGAGAAGAAGAGCACGUGUGAGGCCACAGGACAGUGGAGUAAACCCACGCCCACCUGCCAUCCUGUGUCCUGUAACGAGCCACCUAAGGUUGAGAACGGCUUCCUGGAGCACACCACUGGCAGGACCUUUGAGAGCGAAGCAAGGUUCCAGUGCAACCCAGGCUAUAAGGCAGCCGGAAGUCCUGUGUUUGUUUGCCAAGCCAAUCGCCACUGGCACAGCGACGCCCCUCUGUCCUGCACCCCUCUCAACUGUGGGAAACCCCCUCCCAUUCAGAAUGGCUUUUUGAAAGGAGAAAGCUUUGAAGUAGGGUCCAAGGUUCAGUUUGUCUGUAAUGAGGGAUAUGAGCUCGUUGGUGAUAAUUCUUGGACUUGCCAGAAAUCUGGCAAAUGGAGUAAGAAGCCAAGCCCGAAGUGUGUCCCCACCAAGUGUGCAGAGCCUCCUCUCUUAGAAAACCAGCUCGUAUUGAAGGAAUUAGCUUCCGAGGUAGGAGUGAUGACCAUUUCCUGUAAAGAGGGGCAUGCCUUGCAAGGCCCCUCUGUCCUGAAGUGCUUGCCAUCCGGGCAAUGGAAUGGUUCCUUUCCUAUUUGUAAGAUGGUCCUUUGUCCCUCGCCUCCCUUGAUUCCCUUCGGCGUCCCUGCGUCUUCCGGUGCUCUUCAUUUUGGCAGUACUGUCAAGUAUCUGUGUGUCGACGGGUUUUUCUUAAGAGGCAGUCCAACCAUCCUCUGCCAGGCUGAUAGCACCUGGAGUUCUCCAUUGCCCGAAUGCGUUCCGGUAGAAUGUCCCCAACCUGAGGAGAUCCUCAACGGUAUCAUCCACGUACAAGGGCUUGCCUAUCUCAGCACCACGCUCUACACCUGCAAGCCAGGCUUUGAGUUAGUGGGCAAUGCUACCACCCUCUGUGGGGAAAAUGGCCAGUGGCUCGGAGGAAAACCAAUGUGCAAACCCAUUGAAUGCCCAGAGCCCAAGGAGAUUUUAAAUGGCCAAUUCUCUUCCGUGAGCUUUCAGUAUGGACAAACCAUCACAUACUUUUGUGACCGGGGCUUCCGGCUCGAAGGUCCCAAAUCCCUGACCUGUUUAGAGACAGGUGACUGGGAUAUGGAUCCCCCCUCUUGUGAUGCCAUCCACUGCAGUGACCCACAGCCCAUUGAAAAUGGUUUCGUAGAAGGUGCGGAUUACAGAUACGGUGCCAUGAUCAUCUAUAGCUGCUUCCCUGGGUUUCAGGUGCUUGGUCAUGCCAUGCAGACCUGUGAAGAGUCGGGAUGGUCAAGCUCCAGCCCAACCUGUGUACCCAUAGACUGCGGUCUCCCUCCUCACAUAGACUUUGGUGACUGUACUAAAGUCAGAGAUGGCCAGGGACAUUUUGAUCAAGAAGAUGACAUGAUGGAAGUCCCAUAUCUGGCUCACCCUCAACAUUUGGAAGCAACAGCUAAGGCCUUGGAAAAUACAAAGGAGUCGCCUGCCUCACAUGCAUCCCACUUCCUCUAUGGCACGAUGGUUUCCUACAGCUGCGAGCCUGGUUAUGAACUGCUGGGAAUCCCUGUGCUGAUCUGCCAGGAAGAUGGUACGUGGAAUGGUACCGCACCCUCUUGCAUUUCCAUUGAAUGUGAUUUGCCUGUUGCUCCCGAAAAUGGCUUUUUACAUUUCACACAGACGACUAUGGGCAGUGCUGCACAAUAUAGCUGCAAGCCGGGGCACAUUCUAGAAGGCUCCCACUUAAGACUCUGUCUGCAGAAUAAGCAGUGGAGUGGCACUGUUCCACGCUGUGAAGCCAUCUCAUGCAGUAAGCCAAACCCACUCUGGAAUGGAUCCAUCAAAGGAGAUGACUACUCCUACCUGGGUGUGUUAUACUACGAGUGUGACUCUGGCUAUAUUCUCAAUGGCUCUAAGAAGAGGACAUGCCAAGAAAAUAGAGAUUGGGAUGGGCAUGAGCCCAUGUGUAUUCCUGUAGACUGUGGCUCACCCCCAGUCCCCACCAAUGGCCGAGUGAAGGGAGAAGAAUACACAUUCCAAAAGGAGAUUACAUACUCUUGCCGUGAAGGGUUCAUACUGGAAGGAGCCAGGAGUCGUAUCUGUCUUACCAAUGGAAGUUGGAGUGGUGCCACUCCCAGCUGCAUGCCUGUUAGAUGUCCUGCCCCACCACAGGUGCCAAAUGGGGUGGCAGAUGGCCUAGACUAUGGGUUCAAGAAGGAAGUAGCGUUCCACUGUCUAGAGGGCUAUGUGCUGCAGGGGGCUCCAAGACUCACCUGUCAGUCCAAUGGGACUUGGGAUGCAGAAGUCCCUGUCUGUAAACCAGCUACCUGUGGUCCUCCUGCCGACCUUCCCCAGGGCUUCCCUAAUGGCUUUUCUUUUUAUCAUGGGGGCCACAUACAGUAUCAGUGUUUUACUGGUUAUAAGCUUCAUGGAAACCCAUCAAGAAGAUGCCUUCCCAAUGGUUCCUGGAGCGGCAGCUCGCCAUCCUGCCUACCUUGCAGGUGUUCCACACCCAUCAUUCAACAGGGAACCAUCAACGCAACUGAUUUGGGAUGUGGAAAGACGGUCCAGAUUGAGUGCUUCAAAGGCUUCAAGCUGCUUGGACUUUCUGAAAUCACCUGUGAUGCCAAUGGCCAAUGGUCUGACGUCCCACUGUGUGAGCACGCUCAGUGCGGGCCUCUCCCAACCAUACCCAACGCAAUUGUCCUUGAGGGCAGCCUUUCGGAGGACAAUGUGGUAACUUACAGCUGCAGACCUGGCUACACCAUGCAAGGUAGUUCAGAUCUGAUUUGUACGGAAAAAGCGAUAUGGAGCCAGCCUUACCCAACGUGUGAACCCCUGUCCUGUGGACCCCCACCAACUGUAGCCAAUGCAGUGGCAACAGGAGAGGCUCAUACCUAUGAAAGCAAAGUGAAACUCAGGUGUCUGGAAGGGUAUGUGAUGGAUUCGGAUACAGAUACAUUCACCUGCCAGCAAGAUGGCCAUUGGGUCCCUGAAAGAAUCACCUGCAGUCCUAAAAAAUGCCCUGUGCCAUCCAACAUGACACGCAUACGUUUUCACGGAGAUGACUUCCAGGUGAACAGACAAGUUUCUGUGUCAUGUGCAGAAGGGUUUACCCACGAAGGAGUGAACUGGUCAACAUGCCAGCCCGACGGUACAUGGGAGCCACCAUUUUCUGAUGAAUCCUGUAUCCCAGUUGUUUGUGGGCAUCCUGAAAGCCCAGCGCAUGGCUCCGUGGUUGGCAAUAAGCACAGCUUUGGAAGCACCAUUGUUUACCAGUGUGACCCUGGCUACAAAUUAGAGGGGAACAGGGAACGAAUCUGCCAGGAGAACAGACAGUGGAGUGGAGAGGUGGCAGUGUGCAGAGAGAACAGAUGUGAGACUCCAGCUGAGUUUCCCAAUGGGAAGGCUGUCUUGGAAAACACCACAUCUGGACCCAGCCUUCUGUUUUCCUGUCACAGAGGCUACACCCUGGAAGGGUCCCCCGAGGCACACUGCACUGCAAAUGGAACCUGGAAUCACCUGACUCCCCUCUGCAAACCAAAUCCAUGCCCUGUCCCUUUUGUGAUUCCUGAGAACGCCGUCCUUUCUGAAAAAGAGUUUUAUGUCGACCAGAAUGUAUCUAUCAAGUGCAGGGAAGGCUUCCUGCUCAAAGGCAAUGGUGUCAUCACGUGCAGCCCUGACGAGACAUGGACGCACACCAAUGCCAGAUGUGAAAAAAUCUCCUGUGGUCCUCCAAGUCACGUAGAGAAUGCAAUUGCUCGAGGAGUGUAUUACCAGUAUGGGGACAUGAUCACCUACUCCUGUUACAGUGGCUACAUGCUAGAAGGUUCCCUCCGGAGUGUUUGCCUAGAAAAUGGAACAUGGACACCAUCUCCUGUUUGCAGAGCUGUCUGUCGGUUCCCAUGUCAGAAUGGAGGUGUCUGUCAACGUCCAAAUGCUUGCUCAUGCCCAGACGGCUGGAUGGGACGUCUCUGUGAAGAGCCAAUAUGCAUACUCCCCUGUUUGAAUGGUGGGCGCUGUGUGGCCCCUUAUCAGUGUGACUGCCCCACAGGCUGGACUGGGUCCCGCUGUCAUACAGCUACUUGUCAGUCCCCCUGCUUAAAUGGCGGGAAAUGCAUAAGACCAAACCGAUGCCAUUGUCUCUCAGCCUGGACAGGACAUGAUUGUUCCAGGAAAAGGAGAGCCGGGCUUUGAUCUCAUGCCCCACCCCCUCUCCCUAAGCAGCAUCAUCUCCUUCCGGUAGCUCCUGGGACUCCCACCAAGAAAGACCAACGCGGUGCUGGGGCUUGUUUGGUUUUAUAAGCUUGAGGUUGACUUUUUAAUUUUGUGAUCUAUUUUGUUAAAUUUUUUUGUGACGUCCUUUCUUACAUGUGUGCGUUGUUUAAAUAUGCUUGCAUUUUCUAUAUAAAAUUUAUAUUAAACGGACGCACUUCAUCCUCACCAGAUGUACAUACUCUGCUGUCUGCUGGGAAAGCCCCUGGAAUACAUUUUUAUUCAAUUACUUAAAGAUGACUUUCCAUUAAAAUAUAUUUUGCUACUAAAUAA